GGUCCAGCUGCAAAAGAAGAAGAAAAAAAGAAAAAAAACAUAAAAAAGAAAAAGCAGAAAAAAAAAUGUGAAAAAGGAAGGAAAACACGGCGUGACAAUGGCAACAGCGAGCUUUCAGUGAAGAGAAGAACAGACGCGAGGGGAGGGGGCGCCGCGAAGCAGGAGUUUCAGAGCCGACGGCCGCUUUGCUUGUCCCGAGAAAAGAGGCGACGUCGGGACAUGCUGGCGGCUCCGUAGCGCAUUUCCUGGAAUACGAAUCCUUCAGUGGCUGAGCAUAAUGGAGCGGCGGCGGAGAGGAGAGCCGCACUGUCUCCAUCACUGAGAGGCGCGUCCACCUGCUAUUACUGGAGGCCCGGGCUGCUGCUGCUGCUGCUGCUGGUGGAGGUGGUGGAGGGGGGGGAUAUGCAGGGGAAGUGUUUGCAUUUCGGGGAAAGACGCAUCUUCUGAUACUGUCCAGAGCGCCCGAGAAGGAUCCCAUUGCGACGGGGGAGGAAAAAAAAAACAAAACCGCGGAAACGGGGAGGAAAAACGCACAGCCACUCCGGAGGUGGGACCGUCAGAAUGAUGUGUAGGUGGAGCAGCGUUGAGCCGUAUUGAUGGAUGUGCUAGCAGACAGCAGUCUCACAUUGAUUGUGAAGACUUCAGAACCGGAAAAUGCAAAUAUUGUGGAAAAUACAGGGGUAUGUGAGCAGAGCAGUGAACUGAGUCUGUGCAGACUCGUCGAUGCUGCGCUCCCUCCUGCCUCUUCACCUCCUCCUGCUGCAGAGACACCACAGCAGGUCUUCUCAACCCACCAGAGGACCACUCCUGAAUCACCACCACUCCCUCUGGCCCUUGGUGGUGACCUCUCUCUGACUCAAGCAGUGGCACGUUGCCCUUCAUCCAGUGAUGCUCAGACUAUAGAUCACCUUCAACGUGCUCCCACAUCACUUCCCCACCCAACUGCAGGCUCCUGGGCCCUAACAGGAGAACCACAGAAAACAUCCCCUCCACUGACCAUCACCCUCCCACUGCCUAAUACCAUGAUGGAGCCCAGCGCUGUGUCUGCACUGACAGAGGAGUGUCUUCUCCAGCCUGCUCGAACCUGUCUUGGCUGCCUAAUUGAAACCCGUGACGCUACAGAUCGCAGUUCCAUCCAGAACCCCCCAACAAACCCCAAUACCAACCCCGAUGUGGAUCCGGGGCUCAGUGUACGGAUAGGGGAUGUGGGCCGAGAGGACUUCUCUGACAUCAACAACAUCAGCAUUCAGUGUCUGAGCCACGCAGGAGAGCCAGCGAGUCACUUUGGGGAACAGCUCCUCUCUGACCAGCUGCUAAACUUUCCUCUUCCCAAAGCCCCGAGUGAAGUCAAGAGAGCGGAGGAGAAUAAAUCCACUGUGGACUGCGAUGACCCUGAAGAUGAUACCACAGCUAAGAACUUGUACGAGGGCCUGCUGUUAGAUAAAGUUAGUGGAGAAGAAGUCCUUCUGGCUAAUGCUGGUCAGGACUGGGGCUACUUUGAGUCCUUCAUCAGCGAGAGCAAGAUGGAACUGCUGGAUCUUUGCUCCAAGAACGAACUGUCUGUCAACCUGUUCUCUGAGGAGGAUGUCGACAAUUUAUUUGACGACGAAGAUGACGACUCAACCCUAAGCAGUGACGUCUGCUCACUUAAGAUUCGCUAUGAGUCUUUCCAGGACAACAUGAGGGAAAAAACAAAUGUGCUCCAGGAGGAGACUCAGUUCAACUUCUUCCCCAGUGUGCUGACCAACUGUGCCAAGAAAGAGGAAGGAGCGCCAACAUUGAAGAGGAGCACUGAGGAGAUCCAGUCCAAAACUGAUGAGCUCAUACUGGAGGCGGCACAGGAAGGGAGAGGUGGGGACAGCAGCGGUCGGAGCCCACUCGAUGGCUCUCAAGGCUCCCCCAUGUCCGCCUCCAAAGUGAGCUACCUAAUAGACUUCAAUUCCACAGAGGAGUCCGGAGAGUUCAGCGAUGACAGCUCCUGUACUGGCUCCUCCUCAGACACCCUGCAGGAGGGCAAGUUUAAAAAGGGUCACUCAAAGAGAUUUCUCAGUCCCUCAAACCCUCUCAACUACGGCCUGCGCUCCAAAAGAAAGGUGCGAUACAGUGAAGAUUACUUGUAUGACGUUGACUCGCUGGAGAGUGAAAAGAACGCGGAGAAAAAGGAGAAAGGUCCCACGGGUCAGAAAGAAGAGGAGGAUGUGGAUUGGUGCCCUAAGAAACGCCGAAAAUCCUGUCGGAAAGAGCCGCCUGUGGUCAUCAAGUACAUCAUCAUCAACAGGUUCAAAGGAGAGAGACUCAUGUCGGUGAAACUGGGCAAGCUGGACCCUGUGGACGAAACAGUAAGUCUAAAUGCCGACACAGUAAGCAAAUAUGAAAUACUGGCUCCUCUCAAAGAUUUCUGGCAGGAGAAGCAAAGACUGAGACAGGAACAGCUUAAGCUGGCUGCCAGAGAUAAACAGCAACGUGGUUUUCAUCUAAACGGACGCCACCACCGGCCUUUCAGUUCCAGUCACCCCAAAAGGAAAUACAAGAUUGCCAACAGGCUGAAGGUUCACAGAAUUCAAACUGUGGCGCAAUCAGCAACAACACAGGGUUCCCCUCUCUCUGAUCAGAGCCAUGCAGGUGUCACUAAAGAGGACCCCACCCCCACGGCAGGAGGAAUAAUAACAGCCACAGGCCUCCCUGUCACAUUAGACUCAAGCUCCAUAACGCACACAAUCACAACCAAGAGCCGCUCUCAGGAGAGGGAGGAGAGGGAAGCGAGGAGACUGGGAGGAAAAGUCAGGAUAAGGAAAUUCAAAAGUGAAGCCAGACUAAGGAGCACAAAAAUGAAAAAGGCAGAGGGAGAGGAGGGGAGAAGUGUGACAAAUGAAACGGAUGCCUGUGUCAGUGCUGCACAGAUUGAGGAGCCUGCUGCUGGGUUAGAACAGGCAGCCGUUAGUUCAACUACAAUCAAGCCCCAUUUCUCUGACAAUGCCACCAACGCUCAUGCAUCCGAGGAGAAAUUUCCCUUUGUCUCCUCCACCUGCUCUCCUGACAAAGCACCUUCCUCAGAAGAGGUGGAGACAAGUGUCCCUGUCAUCCCUGGGGGCUAUCUGCAGACCCUGUUAGAUGCUACGGAUUCUUCUGGUGGAGCAGCUAUCUCUUAUUUCCCCCAGCAGACCUCCAGGCAGCAGUAUCCUCUGGGGCUGUCCCUGGAGGAGAAGCAGUUUUCCUCUCUGCAGCUUGCCCAGAGCUGUGUGCUCUCGCCCCCCUCUGAAUCGGAACUCCAGCAGUCUCCUCAGAACUGCCCCAGCUUCCCCCAGAUGUGGCACCCACAGCUCUGUACAAAUCACAGCCAGAGCUUUGGGCCUGAGACCCCCGAGACUCCGAUCUUACCCAACAACUUCCCAGCUGCUGCUGUGCCCCUGAAUGACAGCUUGCGAGUGUCUGACUACAGCCAGCUGAGCCCCGAGGCUGACAGGCUGCUUUAUGAGAAGAGCUACCUGACUGAGGCGGGGCUUCAGCCUGGGGCAAAUCUGCAAGCAUGUCAGUCUGCCUGCGUAGAGGGCCAGGUGCAAUACCAAAGAGGGUCCCUGUGCACAGACAAUGGUAGGCUCAUCAGCUAUGACUCAGUGGGCUCCCUGUCAGCCUCCUCCAGCAAUUACAGCUCUCUCAGCCUCAAGUCUUGUGAACGAGAGGGUGAGGAGGAGGGCCGAGACAGCUUCUUAGCUCAUUGCAGCCCUAAAGUGGUGAUUCAGCAAAGUGUGGAUGCCCUUACCCCUCUCAGGGAGUCCUCAGACCUGCUGGAUAUCUCCAACUUCACUCCUGACAAGUUCAGACACUCAUCACUGUCAGAGCUUUCUCCUCCCGAGACCCCUAACCUGUCCCCCCAGGUGGUGGGGCGUGAAAUGAAAAUGGCAGGGAAUGUUGGAGAGUACCAGGAUGUUUCCGAUAUGACUAUAGACUGCAAUAGGGAGGUGAAGUGGAACUGUGAACCUAUACAGCAACAGGAGCACACAACAAAUGCAUACACAGUGGAGGAUGGCCAGUUUCCCCUGCACAACUUCAACAGUCAGGAUGUCGGAAGCUUGGAUAAAAAAGAACUGGGAGAGUUUGAGGAACAGACACCUGCAAAAAGCAUAAAGUCCAAGAGGAAAGCCAGCUGCAAGCAGACAGCCACAGGGCAAAGCCCAAAGAAAAGCCGGGCUCCUAGAGCUCCCAAGUCAGAAAAGGUCAAGACUCCCAAACAGAAUUCUCGGUCGACCAAAAAGAUAAAGGCCAUGUUGGAGGGCAAGGCAGCAAAGAAUCAGGCAGGUGGCACAGGCCUAAGCGACAGUAACAGCACUGGGGACUGGCCUGGCACUGGCUGGUCAGAGAGUAACAGCCUAGUAGGGGAUGACCAGAGAGAAUUUGAGGAACCCUCAAAUAUUCUGUCCAACAUUGUUUCUGGCAUGGCCGAAGUCCAACGGUUCAUGAUGGCUUCCAUCGAACCUUUGUGGAAUCCCAUGUCUGAGGCCUGCAUGCCCUCUGAGGCCAACAACCUCAACCUAAAGACUCUCAAAAUUUUGGCAGGAACGGAGGCUGACCUGAAAAAGAAAGGAGCCGUACUAACGGGGGCCGGCAGAGGCAGGAAGGCAGGUGGGAAGGGAGGAAAGAACCAGGCCAAAUUCAACCCAGCCCACCCUCUGUUUCCUCAGCUCGCGCUGGGCUGCAACAUGUUUGACAAACCCAGCUUUAUCAACCCCGGGCCAGCACACAAAAAGCUCUACCGCCACAAGACCAGUGCAAAGUUCCCUCGGAUUGAGACACUGAAAGGAAAGCGAGCUGAGAGAGACCCAAAUAAGGACAUAGCACUGAUGACUUCUUUUGAAAAACUGAGGUAAUAUUUUGUUAUCAGCUGCUGUUGUUCCCCUCCUUCUCACUCCUCCCCCCACUACCUGCUCAACCCUCCCUCCCAAACAUACCUACACUGAUGCUAUGCCAGAGCUGCAUGAGUACUUCGUUUCCCCUGACUACUCCCACUUCCUUUUAACACCCCUGAAGAGGAAAUGAUUAUCUGCAUGAAAAAACUUCUUGUACUUUGCAAACUACCUAUUGAGUGAUUGUGUCAAGCUUGAUUGAGAUUUGAAACAACCAUGGCUGCAUUUUUUUCUUGCUUUUGUUGUUUCUUGCUUUGUUUGUUCUUCUUAUAGUUGUUUUUGUUUUACUUUUGUCUGAAAAAAAAAGAAAAUAAGCCUUGAAAACAGUUCUGUCGCCUUUUUGAGGAACUUCGUUUUUGUAUUUUCUAAGCAGAACUAUCUCCCUUGAAUUAUAGAUUUAUUUUGCUUUUCCCCUAAAGAUGUAGCUAUAUACACAAAUGCAUUGAGUGACAUCUACGCACCCCACCCCCCUCCUCAUCUGUUUUUGUAUGCAGAAUAUGGAUGUCCUGUUGUUGCUGUCCUUCAUACACUGCCUGGCUCAUUUCAAGAGGGGAACCUACUGUUUAUGAGCCCUAUUUAAGAGCGAGACAUCUUGAACACAAAAGAUGGGACCAUUUUGUAUUGAUGACAUAUCAGACGUCUUUUUUUUUUCUUUCUCUCCUCAAAGUUGGAAUGACUCCCCAUUUCCUGUUAUUGAGUGUUUCGUUUACUUCUGGAGUUGAGAAGAACUGGUUAACUAAAUUUACAUUUUUACGCCUUGCAAAUUCAUUAAAGCUCCACCCUCAGAGUAUUUUUGUCAAUGUUGUUGUACAGGAACAUGCAAUAUUUGCAAAAAAAAGAUGAUUAUAAUCUUAAAAUUGAUGUGCCAAAAGUAACAAUGCUGUGUAAAUGACCUCUUAUAUAUGUGUGAAUAUUGGCUGUUCCUCUUUUCUAUCCAUUGGAAUAUUGGCUGCUUGGGUUGGAGACUCCUUACAGAGACUUACAACUACAGGAAUUCUUUAUUUGAGACUUUUUCUCUCUUCUCUGAUGAAAGGCACCAACAGCUGGCAGUGGUACACCGCCACUCACGAAACCAAAUCAGAAAGACUCUGAAUUCUCCUCGUUUCCCCCCCAACUUUGUUUGCCAAAUUCAAUUUACCUCAACAUCGCCUGGCAUGGAGAAGCAACAAAAGCGAGGCAAAGGGGAGAUCCGCUCUGAAGGCUAGAUUAGAGGAAGGACUGGGUGAAAAGAGAGGUUCAAAUGACCUCUCUCUGGACCAAGAGGCAUGUAGUGGAAAUGUUUUGAGGGUAAGCAGGUAAAUGACUUGUCGUUUGGGGUUGCGCCUUGCUGAGUAGCUGUUUGUACUGGAAAUUCAAGUCAGAUUAUCAUUCGUAGAGAUUCUGAUGCAUGCAUCAGCCGUGAAUGGACAUUUUUGCAGUUCGGUUUAUUGUGAAUGUGAAAGCAGUUUUCAGUACAAAUGGUAUCAGUAGUCUUGUAAAUGAAGGAAAGCAUGUCUUUGCAUUCACUCCUCAUAGAAAUGUUUAUUUCUUGCUUGGGAAGGUAAUUUAAACAGAAGCUUUUCUUAACAUUCCCAUACGGUUUAUUUCUUAACAUUGCCUUACUUUAUAAGUUGCACUUCUGAUUGUUGCAUAUCUGGUUUAUUUUGUCAUGUCGAAAGUUUUACUUCUUUCUUUGCUUACAGUGACAUGUUUUGUUUUUCAAAAAGCUUACCUGUAACUGCAGUCCAUGAAAAAAAUAUUGUGACCAGUAGACAUGGGCCGGUAUGAGAUUCUCAGAGAAUGAUAAUCCUAUUUAAAAAUACUACAGCUAUACACAAGAACUUAAAAGGAAAACUAUAAUUUAAUUUCAUUUAUUUAAAACAAAAGAAAAACGGUCAUCAUUGCUGCUAAAGUUCAGUAGUGUAAUAUAAUAUAAAAAGUUAUUUUAAUUUUGGUUUUGAUACCUAGAGGAAAUAUAAAUACUCAAUAAACGUAUUUGUAGUUUCUACAUGGUUAUUAGAACAAUAUUAAACUCUUUUGUCGUUUUUACUCCUUAUAGAGUAACACAAUUAUAACAAGCUGAUAAUAGUUGGUAAAAUAAACAGACUAUCUACUCAUGUAGCUAGCUACAGAGAGGCUGAUUGAAUCUUUCCAAAUCUAGGUUUUAAGCAGGGUUACCUUAAAUGUAUAAUUAAAUUUUUAUAAGCUUAUAAUUCAGUGAAGUUGUUAUUAGCAAUAAUUAUCUGUAUCAGACAGAUGCCACAUCAGAGAGUUUGUAACAAAUUGAAGAAAUCUACAGAGUGAUGAAGAGCUAAAGGCUAGUAGGAGGAACUCCCACUUUUACUGGACUUUAGAUUUAAGAAUUUUAUUAUCACUAAUAAACCACUGUUAUUAAGUAUUACAUGUUAAGUUUGUCUCUGUUUCCCACUUGGAACAACUUCUUUUCAAAAAUAACCAUCGCUUAGCCUGAUUACUUUGUCGAUUAGCCUUGAUCGGCUGCAACUGUGCUUUUAAGUUCGCAGAGAGUGGACUAAACUUCUGGGUUUUGCCAACAGAGUUGUAGAUAUUACCAUAUUGUGCUUUUCCAGGUGUUUAGAAAAUACCGCUGUGAUGUCAGAAGACCAGGCAUACCCAACAGACUCCACAAAAUAACUUGGUUGUAUUGUUGCCUUGUAGUAUGGCAUUGUGUUCCACAAAUUUCAAACAUUUUCAGAUUUAGUUGUUUGAAAUUGCUAAUGACAGAGUCGGGGUCCCCCCUGACUAGCUCUUAUCCGACCUCUGGUCUGAGGAUUUCUUCACAUUUUCUUUCUAACUCUGAUAAAAACACUAUCUUAACACUGGUAAGGGCGCUAUUACUGAUAAUAACUUUGCAGACCCUCACUUUAAAAAUUAAUGAAUCAUUCAGUUCGUAACAGUGACAGGUGGCACUCUUUUAGUUUCACACUGUGUUUUGCACAAGACUAUUUACUAAACUGCCAAAUCUGUCUGUCUUGUAAGCUGAGAAAAGGUGUUGUAGCCUUUCAGCCAGCUAACGCCAAUGUGCAACAAUGGGUGGCGAAGGGGCAGCAGCUCUGUAUUACUACAUUUGAAUAACACUCCUGUUUCUCUGGCACUUUCUGUAUCACCUCAUUAAUAAGACUUUUCAUUGUAGUAUUAGUAUGACAGAAAAUGUUUCAGCAAUUUUUAAUAUCAAAACAUUUAAAUACCUUACUAUCCCACCAUAUCAGCAGCCGGCCCAUGCCUACUUUACUAACCAGUAAUGCAUGACCAUCAAUGGGAAGAAAUAAUUUAAUUAACUUAUUUCACAGCAGACAUUUUGACCUAAAUGUGCAGAAAAAUAAAAGUCAGUUAAGAAAGCUGCAUUCUAUUUAGAUGAAGUUCUAGUUUUGCACACGUUCUGCCUAAACAUCACGCACAGAUGCAGAGGAGGAAUGCUGCCCUCCGUAACACAUCUCUGUUUUUAGUACAUACUUAAGUCACAAUUUCUGCUGUGUACGCACACCUCAUUGCUGUCAUCUACUUGGGCUCACUCACUACCUCGGAGCACCAAAAGAAGUAUAGAAAUCAACCUUAAAAUAGACCUAACAAUCAUAUUUAAUAAGUAAUAAAAUCUCUGGAUUUUAUUCAAUAAAUCACCUUCAGGAUGAGUUCAGAGCCAAUCAAACUGUAGUAGACUAUCUUUUACACAGAUCUACUGAAGCCUAUAGGUUUUCUCUGUUUUGAACAAUGUUAUUUUGAACACGGCAGUAAUUACAUGAGACUGCAUGGAAAUGUACGGGCAAACCAAUUGAUUGAUUGAUUGAUUGAUUUGAAAACAGGCUUUGUCACAUUGAAUAUGGCAAUUCAAUUGCCAUAUACAGGUUAUAGAAAUUGAUUGCUUGCAUAUGGCAAGGAUCAUAAUCAAUCUUUUUGUAUCUCUUUUUUUCCUCCUUUCUCCAUCAUGAUCCUUUGUUUAUUUUCUAUAGUGUAUCAGGGUUAGGACCAAGACAAGCUGCUGAUGGGAAGCUCCACAUGGGUCAAAGGCCCAUUUAGUCUGCCUUCUCUCAUUUCUGCCUAUUGUCAAAUUGAAUGUACUUCUCUGAGUUCAUCUAAAUUUUUAUUUUUUUAAAAUUACUUCUGUUUUAUUAUUAUUAUUAUUAUUAUUAUUAUUAUUAUUAUUAUUAUUAUUAUUAUUAUUAUUAUUAUUAUUAUUAUUAUUUCUAAAACGUGCCACUGUUGAGCUGCCUCAUGUUAAUGGUGCUAAGAAAGCAGAAAAUUAAUUUCUUUAAUGUUUGGGUUUGACUUUUUUUUCCCCAGAGUUAUCAAAAAAAAAAAAAAGAAAUGCAAAACAGAUUAGGUACCUAACCCUGUUUAUGAAUGUAUAUUACAAUGUUAUGUUAUGUUUGAUGUAUUCACUUCAUGAUUCUUUGACACUGAUUGGAAUUAAUUUUGCUCUUUUCAUUAAAAGAUUACCGAGCUUUAUAUAUACUGUCUAGAGUUGUUACCAGAAGGAAUCUUAAUGAACUCUUGACACUACAAAAUCUUGUAUAUUUUUUGUGUGCCAAUUUGUAACAUAUUUUGUAAGUGUAUAUUUUUCUUAGAAAGUGCUGUGAAGUAUUUGUGUGUGUGAGUAACCUUUUAUGCGCCUCUGUGGGCAGUGGAAAGGAUAUACAGCGACACGUUUCUGGUUUUGAAAACCAAAAUAUGAAAGUAUCAACAGAAAAACUAGAAAUAUCUACAUUUUGUUGGGAGUUUUGUAAUAAGACCAUGAUCUUGUUGUGAGAGUGUUGUGUUACUGUGCAAAACACAAAUAAGCAAAGAAAAAAAA